AUGUCUGAAAAAACUCAAAUUCAUGUUAAAAGUGACGUUUUCGCUGCCCUCGCCAUCGUCGGUGCUGAAACUCCCUCCGUCAAUAAUAUACCGCAAGGUACGGAUACAUACGGAUAAAAUGUGAGUUAUAGACAGAUACUAAGAAUACAUAGGGGUAAAUAUAUCGCUGAUUAUACACGAAAACCCGCACGAAAUAGUCGAGAUCAUCCUUAAAGGGCAAACAAAGUGAAUUGUGGUGAAUGUAAAACCGUCAAUCUCAUUGAAGAGCAUUUGACUCAGUUAUUCCCUACUUUUGUCUUCUCAAUUGGACUUUUUCAGUUUCUUUCAAACAAAAGUAUUCAGAUCAAUUGCUGGUAAAAGGAAAAUAUCGAAAAUGUUAUUUUUUGUUUGUUUUUUUUUAGAACAGGUGUAUUUUCACAAAAAAAUAAUAGGUCUGAUUCAGGAGUCUUUUCGUGAGCUACUUGCUGGUAGAGGCCAGGGUCAAUGUAAUGGGCCUAAUGCUAAUGAGCAGAAUCAUUUGUUUGACUACAACUGCAGUAUUACGAUAAUUUCCCACCUCUCUCCAACGGCGCAUUACUGCACACGUUCUAAAAAUUACCUUAUUUUUUGAACGUUCUUCCUUAUGCAUUAUUCAGUUCAAAGUGUGAUCUAAGAUGUUGAUUCAUUUAAACUAAGUGUGGUACGUGUUAUACUCAAUUAACAGGCGCCACUCAAUAGAUGUAACUUGCUCAAGCAGCUUUCUGUCCUUGAGUUUUGAAAAGAAACUGAGGACCACCUUCAGCAGAGAACACGCAUCGUUUAUUGCAUAAAAACAUACGGUAAUAGUUGUAAUCAUGAUUCAAUUUUGCAUUUCCAUAUAAUAAUAAGAUAUUACAAUAAUUUUCUCAGUUCUUGACGCCGAAGGUACUGUAGAAAGUCUUCAAAAGUUCCCCUGCGAUAUAGUUGUCAUUUGUCCCAGAGAGGCAAUACACUGA